AUGCGUUUCUCAUCCACUCUCGGUCUGGCGACUCUCGCUACCUCCACCGCAGCCCAAUCCUUCAAUUCGGCAAAGUCUGACCUUGAUGGUUCAGUAUGGCAGUCCGUUGCGUCCGUCCAAAGUCGAUCUUGGAGCAGCAUCCCUCGUAACCGUCCCACAAAGCGCCAGUCCGGAUGGAACCCCCCUUCGAACCUCGCCGGGGCUCUCAAGGAAGUCUGGGACCACGAAGUCAAAACUUACAGCGAUGCUUUGGGAUUCAAGAACUACGGCUGGGAUCAAGUCAUUGCUGGAAAGGGCAAGCUCAACGUCUGUGUCCGAUGGGAGUCAACUGCUUCUGUAACAGCCGAGCAACGUACCAAGGUUGCCACGGCUCUGCAGGACUCAUAUACCAGCUGGAUGAAGUGGGUCUCUGGAUGGGACAACUUUCAUUACGAGGACGUCAAGAUUAAUGUCGUCGGUUGGGCUGUCAAAGAUAAGAGUCUCCUCCAGGGAUCGACCACCGGCCUCGACAUCUACACAGAUACCGACGCAGAGGGGAUUCCCCAAUGCUCUGAGAAGUGUGGUCGCUUCUUCCAUCAGGAUGGCGACUACAGUCAGUGCCCUGGUGGCGCGGAGCGACACUACGAUAAUUCUCUUUGGCUUACCGACGGUAUGCAGGGUGGUGCCGGUGGUGACUGGGGUCAACGCAUCGGCCGAGAGUACUUUAUGGACCUUCUUGGUACCAAGAACAUCCACAUUCUGCAGCACGAGAUUGGCCACACCUUCGCUCUGGAUGACUUCUAUGACUGGACUCCCACUGGCCAGUCCAAGUUCAUCAUGCUUGCCGGUUCUGCUACUGAAGUCACCGAUUUUGACGGCUGGAUGCUGCGAAACUGGUGGUACGAGCUGUCUCGUGAGCGUGGCUGGCAAUCCGGUGUUUCCAGCUCGGAUACCAAGACUGUUGGAUCUACCAAGGAUAAGGUUACUUCUGCACCUGUUGCUACCAAGUCUGCCUCUGCCAAGCCCGUCACUACCACCCAGCCAACUACCACGGCCAAGAAACCCACAGUUGAAACUGCCGCCGCAGAAGUAGCCAAGCCAAAGUCCGAGUCUGGUGUUGCCGCCGCUGCUUAUGCUCAGUGUGGAGGUGGAGCUAGCUACACUGGUCCGACCAAGUGUGCCUCUGGCUUGAAGUGUACUAAGCACAACGAGUGGUACUCGCAGUGUCUCUAA